AUGGAGGUGUGUGCGGGAGUGUACCUGGCUCUGAGUGACCAUGAACAGAAGCCCUACUCUGAGCUGUUCUCCCUGUGCCAAGUGGAGGGCUCCCCCCGGCUGGCGGCGGGCAGCAGUAAAGUAGCCGAGCUGUUCCGAGCAUCCCAGCUCCCUGCAGAAACUUUACACCAGAUCACAGAGCUGUGUGGCGCAAAACAUAUUGGAUACUUUGGACCAGCUCAGUUUUUUAUUGCUCUGAAAUUAAUUGCUGCAGCACAAGCUGGACUGCCUGUUUGCCUGGAGAGCAUCAAGUGUGAAUUACCACUGGCUUGCUUCUUUUCUAUGAAAAGUGAUAACAGUUUAAAAUAUGGACUCUCUUCUCAGAAUGUAAAUUCACAGAUGACAAAUCAUACACUCAGUGAAAAGGGUUCCCUUCACUGCCUCUUUGAUGGGGAAACUCAGUCAGAUGCCAAGACCUCUGUGAAUUCACCCAAGAAGUCUUCUACUUCAUCAUCUCCUAAAUAUGGACAUGGGAAGGUACAAAGCAGCCCUGAUCACCACAGUGGA